GUGGAGACGGCGCGCACGUGGAGCCUCGGAGGUAGCAGAGGAUGUCUUUUCGUGGAAGAGGAGGUGGAGGAGGAAGAGGCGGCGGCUUCAAUCGUGGAGGAGGUGGCAGUGACAGAGGUGGCUUUAAUCGUGGUGGACGAGGCGGCUUUGGACGGGGAGGUGGACGAGGAGGCUUCAACAGAGGCGGAUACGACCAGGGUCCUCCAGAAAGGGUAGUUUUAUUGGGAGAGUUCAUGCACCCGUGUGAAGAUGACAUUGUUUGUAAAUGUAAAACAGAAGAAAACAAGGUGCCUUAUUUCAACGCCCCGGUGUACUUGGAUAAUAAGGAACAGAUUGGCAAAGUGGAUGAAAUCUUCGGACAGCUGAGAGAUUUUUAUUUUUCAGUGAAACUGUCUGAGAACAUGAAAGCCUCUUCAUUUAAAAAAAUGCAAAAGUUUUACAUUGAUCCAGCAAAGCUGCUACCCCUUCAGAGGUUUUUGCCAAGGCCACCUGGAGAAAAAGGUGCUCCCAGAGGAGGUGGUAGAGGAGGACGUGGUGGUGGACGAUUUGGAGGAGGAAGAGGUGGAGGAAGAGGAGGAGGAUUCAGAGGAGGAAGAGGUGGAGGAGGAGGAGGGUUCAGAGGAGGAAGAGGUGGCGGAGGAGGCUUUCGGGGAAGAGGAUAUUAAAAAUGGAGCCACGAGUAUCUCCCUGCUGUCUUACCGUAUCAUCUGCAGAAGUGAAGAACACGGAAAAAUUUUUGUAAGGGACCCUGAAAAAGUUAUUUUUAUAAAGAACUUGAAGCUGUAAAAUGACAAUUAUUUUUAAACUAAAUGACGAUCAACACAUGAGGAGAGUGUAGCCCCAGGUGAAGAACAGAAGACUGCUCCGAAUAUACUUGAACUUUUUUAACUAAGCCAGGAUUCAAUGUUAUUCUUAAACUGUUUGUUUCUCACAAGUGACAUAGUCAAUGUUUGACUUCAUGUCAGAAGACUGUACUGCCAUCACCUUUAAACUGCAUGAUGUGACAGCUGACGUUUCAAUCGCACAAAGUACCAUCUUGCAGCCUAGGACAAGAAGCGUAUGCUUUGAAUCUCACAGCAGAUGGAGCAGUGAGUCAGCCUGAAGUCCGUGCGAGGCCAAAGCAAAGACUUUUACAUCUGUGUGCGGAGGGUUUGAAGAACAAUAUCCAUUGCAGCUCUAGAAGGGAGGUCGGCUUCCUAAUUAUAGGGAGCUGGAUGGCAGUCCCAGCUGAGAAAUGCAUAAGGAGCAUUAUGACACACCCUAGGCAUACAGUGUUGGAUGGGAUUAACAUUAACAGGGAAAAUUUAUAAUCUUAGGUCUUUGUGGAGGUUGUAGGACAUUCACAUGCUGAUGGAAGAACAUCCUUAGGGUGUGAAAUGAGCUGCCGUAUGAGGAAGCAGUGUCUGCACGUGUCUGCCAU